CAGUCACUUGUUAACCCUUGUUGCGGAAGCAUCUGCAUCACAGUCUUAUUACCCCUAUGUAACUCCAUUUUGACCUGUGACUGAAUGAAGAACUAUCAAUGUGGGCCGUAACACUGGUCGGUGUUGUCAUGCUGUAGGCCUCGGCGGCGUCCACAAUAGCCAUAUAAACUGGCGUCAGUUCGCCCGCGUGUUAAUGACUUCUUAAUUGUGAAAAUGCGAAUACUACAUUUAUAACUUAAGCUCGACUAUGGCAUACUGGAGUGUGGAGGUGGUGGUGGUGCUGGUGGUGGGCUGUGCUGUGUCCAGCUUGGCAGAGAUCACCGUCAACUGUGAUGCUGUUUGUAAUCAGGAGAGCUGCUGCGCACGGGCCAGGCGUCAUCGUGACCACAGUGUGAGGGUGGAGUCCAUGCAUGGAGAAGAGGAGAACGAAUGUAAUGUCGUCUGCAGAAAUGAACAGUGCCACACGGGGUGUUUGGACUGGAGAGAGGCGACCAGGUCAUCUUGUCGGCAGACUUGUACCUCGCACGGCUGGCCGAGUGAGGACACCAUGUUCUGUACCAUGGGGUGUGUGUACGCUGCACAGACUUUCUUACGUCAAGUGGAAGAGGUGAUAACGACUCCCGCAGCCCCGCAACUCAUCGCCCGGAGUGUGAGUGAGUCCAGUGUGGGGCUGAGAUGGAACACUGUCCCCGAGGUGGAUGAGGUGCGGUACCUGGUGCAGUACCACCAGACCACGGUACCAGGAGAAUGGGUCUACUACAGGCCUGACCAGCCCCUCAACACCACCCAAGUCUUUGUCCAGGAUCUAAAUCCUUACACAAAAUACCAGUUUCGCAUUGCUUGGUUGGUUCUCCCACAUCACGCUCCCAUUAUGUCUGAAGCUAGUUCAUGGAUCAGUACUCUGGCUUCUGGCCCUCCACGAUCACCUCCAAGAGAGCUAAAAGCAGUGCCCCUUGACUGGUCCCGUGUAGAAGUAACGUGGGAGCCUCCCCUCUUCCCAGGCGGAGACCUCAUCUCGUACACUUUGUAUUCCAAAGAUACUCAAAGACAGGAGAUGAGGGCAAAUAUUAAUGCCAACGAAGAACGAAGGUACAUCCUUGCUGAAUUGUCUGCCAACACAACAUAUCUUCUUAACCUAACAUCCACUAACCAUCGAGGAGAAGGCCCUGCCGUAGUUGUCAAAGUGACAACUUAUCCAAACUCUCCAGCUGUUGAUGAUGGUCAAGGCUAUUUGCUUCUAACAUCAGGCCCGAGUCUCUUAAAACUAGGCCUUGACAUAGCAGAUACUCCAACACUCAUUUGUAACACUUCUGGAGGACAUAACAUUAUAGGAAUGGCUGCACAUAUCCCUUUAGGUAUAAUAUACAUCAGCGACACAAGUGGGUCUAUUUAUCAGAUGAGAAUUUCUCCUGUUCAACAGAGAAUACUUCUGACACAGAGCCAAAUUCAUGGUUACCCAUUAAGUCUUUCUGUUGAUUGGCUAUAUGGUUAUCUCUACUACAUUGUCCACCUUGAGCCCCCAGGGGAUCAUACGUGGCAACUUUGGCGCUGUGAUUUGAUGGGUAAAAAUCCUGUCUUAAUAUAUGGAGGACUUCACUAUGAAGCAAAAUAUCUCCAGGUUGAUCCAUAUAAUGGAUACAUAUGGUGGAUCUCUGAGGACCUUGACAAAGGAUUACACCGCCUAAAUUUGAAUGAUGAAUUUGUGGAAGGGGAGGAGCCUAUGGUUGUUCUGCGUUCAUCUGAUUUGGCAGGACUUGUUCUCGAUCCUCCAAAUUUUCAGGUUCUCAUAGCAGAUCGUAAAAACAACACAAUGCUGGCAGUCUCUCUUGAUGGGACUUCAGUGACUAAUUUAAGGAACAAUACACAGCAAGCAUUCUUUAAGCAUCUUUGCUCUGUGGUGCACCUUAACAGUCGCUUCAUCUGGACAGAUGGCGGGGAGGUCUGGACUGAAGAGUUAAACGGGGAAACAUUUUAUCACAUCAGCUAUCUUGAUGUGAGUAAAUUUAACUUUGGGACCUUGGUGGCUGUACAUGCUUCCACACAGCCAGUUCCUGUUCCACUCAAUCCUCCUAGUGAGCUUCAAGCCGUGUUCACCCGAAAGUCGGCUUCUCUUACAUGGAACGCACCGACACUGCCUGCACUCAUGGGUUCUGGUGCUUGGCAAAAGUGGCUGUAUGAAAUGCACAUCCAGGAAGGACAAAAAAUCAUUUAUCGUAAAAAUAUAUGCGACACGUCACAUCAAGCCACUAACCUCAGACCUGGAACAUUUUACAUAAUCAAGGUGCGAGCAUACUCUAUUGGAGGAAAUGGUCCCUGGAGCCAUGAAUUCCGAGGACGAACUCUUGAUGAUACAGAUUUGGCUCCAAAGUUAAUUUGGGCAAUUGAUAAAAAGAUUAUUUUUACGAAUCUGGCUGGAAGUGAAAGCUCCGUUUUGAUUUCACAGGAAACACUGAAGACAAAGUUAGAUGAUGGGAAAAUUGCAGACCUUGCGUUUUUUCAUGAUUCUUUGGUAAUGGCAGUGAGUAACCGGAGUGUUUUUGUCAUGAAUAUCACCACAUCUACCUUCAAUGAGCUGCCCAAUACUCAUGGUGUUCUCUCAGUGUCUGUUGACUGGCUUACUCAACGACUCUUCUGGGCCAACCCUCACAGACAGAUGAUUGGUUGGACAAAUCUUAACGGGUCAUCUCAAGGUCCUUUAAAUGUGGUGACGGCUGCCAGGGAGGUGCGUGUAGAUGCCCUGCGUGGCCGUCUUUUCUGGACAACACCUCACGCAUUGUUAAUGUCGACACUUGCUGGUCGUAAUGUAACAACCGUCCACCAGGAAGGAAUCUUUAGUGGAAAGCAAGUUUAUGGCCUGACUGUAGAUUCACAAGGUUCCCGCAUCUGGUGGAUUGUGCGUGAUGCAGAUGGCUGCCGCUUAUUUGGUGCAUUAGUUGGAGAUACACUGAGGAAAUUUCCAUCAAAACUUCUUCCAAACACUGUUGAAGUUGGUCCAAUGUGGUAUGUGAGUGAACGGCUGCUGUGGCUGGGAGAUGACGGCGAUGUGGUUGUGUCAGACACCAACCUCAACAACUCGGCUGCUCUUCACACUUCCAAUUUAGGAGUUUCUCACUUUAUUGUGAUGCUUCCGAACCUCCAUCCUGUUCCAGAUGGUGUUAAGAUGCCAGUUGUGAUACCUGAACAAAUAGAUGCAAAGUCUCUCUUAGUGAAAGGCACAUGGACAAACUUUUCACUUGUGUGGAAGCCUAUCACAAAUGUAAAUUAUGGCAGCCUUAUGUAUGAGGUCAUCAUUGACAAUGGUAACAUAAAGCAGGCAUUCCUCACUAAUGAAACUACUAUUGUGUAUGAAGAAAUACUACCCCCAUAUUCAACUCUCAAGGUAUCUAUAAGAGGCAUUACAAACUGGAAUUCAGGGGCCAGACUUUUGAAAACUCUUAGAACACCAGCACACUUACCGGAAGCACCUCAAGAUCUGAGAACAUUUGUUCACAAGAUUCAGGAUUCAAAUGCCAUGAUCAACCUGCGUUGGUCUCCUCCUGACAAACCAAAUGGUGAGAUAAUUAAUUAUGAAAUAAUUUACUGCACCAUAAAUGACGAAGAGAAGUGCAUAAGUAAAAUGGUGAAUGGCACGAUGAACCAAUUAACAGUUGAAAAUCUGAAUGCUGAUCAAGUAUAUGGGUUCAAGGUUGCUGCAGUCACCGAGAUGGGAAAAGGGUCGUACAGCCAUGAAGUAACAGGGUCUCUGCAGCAGCAUGUGCCGACUCCAUCUCUCCUUGUGGUCAGCGACAGAUCCCUUAUUAAGCUCGAUGCAGAUCUUCAAGAGGAAGCGGAAGUAUUAAGUGAGAAUUCCAGAGUUCAGUGGGCAACACCUUUACUGAAGAAUUCCUCUUUUGCUUGGAUGGAUGUGAAUUCAGAUAUAUAUUUAACUGAUAUGAAGACAAACUUUACUGAAAAGCUUCUGCGCCUCAGUGGUCGAGGUGUUGGCUUAGCGGUAGACUGGAUCGGUGAAGUGAUUGUAUGGGCUGAAGCUCCACCUGAGGGAUCAAGUGAAAUCAAAAUUCAAACUUUAAUUAUUGGACAGAAAAGUGGAAAGUUUGUUACGUCAAUGAAUAUAACUGGGCACAUCAAGAAAUUCUUGCUGUCCCCAUUAACCAGUCAAUUACUGGUGCUUCAUGAAGGUCAUAGAGGUCUCCAGCUGCUGAAUACAAGUCUCUCUGCUAACACACUACAAAACUUUUUCAGGGAAGAGAGGAGUUCUGAGUGUAAUUGUAUGACAACUCCAACUCUGGGUGGUGCCAUUGCAUUGGAUGCUUCAAACAUAUCAGAUGUCUCUUUAUACUUCGUUGCAUCUGAGCAAACUCCAGACGUUCUCAGAGCUUCAACUGUUUAUAAAGCUGAUCUUUCUGGAUGUUCUUGUGAAGCCAUUUUUGUACCAGAAGAAUAUGGAUAUGGUACAUGUAAUGAAAUAGCAGUUGACUAUGGCCAUUUAUACUGUUAUACAGCAAGUAACCAAACCCUCCUGUGGCUGCCUAAGAAGGGUAUAACAUUAACGGAAGAUUUGCACUCUCAGCCACUACACAAUGCAACAUCUCUUAUUCCAGUUGACCUUGCCACACAACCUAUGCCAGAACCAGAGUGUCUUGUACCGUCUAAUUACUCAGAAGCACCCACAUUGGCUGGUAGUAGAGAGACCACUAUUGCCAUUAAGCUAGUGGCUCCAGAAUCUAAGGAAAAUGAGUGCAGAUCAAUAACAUCACCUCCUGUUACUUACAUCUUGUAUUAUGCUCCUGUGUCACACAAUGAAUCAAUCUCCUGCUCCACUGAUAUAACACACUGUCACCAUGUGAGGAGAAUGGAGAACGUUAUAACAGUAAAUGGACUUCAGCCAUACACUCGGUAUGUGUUUCGGAGUGCUGUAGAAACUGUCUACAACAAGAGACUGGGAAUCAAGUCAGUAGCUGGUCCAGUGGCCAUAUACAAAACAAAAGCCAAAGCUCCAGAGAGUGUGGGUGAGGUAACUGCUGUGCCAUUAUCUCCAGAAGAAAUUGAAGUGAGUUUUAAAGCCAUUGAAGGACAAAUGUACGAGGUUCACUGGAAAGGGGGAGACUCCAACUCCGGCCCGAUUCAUCCCCAGUUCAACAGCACACAGAGAAUUAAGACAACAAUCAGUAGACUUCAUCCUAACACUAAAUAUGAGGUCUGGGUAAGGGUCUAUUCUAAAGAUAGACUUUUGCAUGACAAUAGUCCUCAAGCAGCUGUGAUUACUUUUCCUGAGCUACCCCACAUUAAAUUGGAAAAUUCAACUGCACAUACGCUUUCCAUUAGUUGGAAGGCACCAUCUGACAAUUCCGUGUUCCGUCAUAAUUUUCAGUAUAUAGCCUUAGGAGAUACUCGCUGGAAAGAACUCGGAGUGGAGCAAACUACUGCUGGACAAACAUAUUUGAUCAACAUCACUAAACUGGUGCCAGCCACCUCUUACAUACUGAGGCUUGAGGUCGUCUACAACAACACCUUACACAGCUACUCAUGGCCAAAACAACCCCUCUUUAAUUUUUCCACUCUGGGUGAGAUUCCAGGAAAACCUGGACAAGUAAUGCGUCAGCAGGUUGGCGGUAUGUCGGUGGGCAGCAGCCUGAGGCUGUGGUGGAGUGAGGCUAAACCAAAUGGUGCACCAGUCAUUGCAUACACCCUGCAGGCUGCACUCUACAAUGCAGAUGAUCUUGAUGAUAAUAUUACAUAUGCUACUGUGUACAAUGGAUCAGAUAACUACUGGCUGAUCACAGGACUAGAAGCUCAAUCGAGUUACAUCUUUCGAGCCCGUGCUAUCAACAAACUUGGAGCAGGUCCAUGGGGAGAGAAGAAUGUGAUUGAUACUGUAGUGGGACCAACAAUGUUGACGCAGACAGGACUUCCUACAAUUUUGGCGUCGACUAUUCCCACAUCGCUUAUUUUCUUCGGAGUUCUUUUUACGUGUCUGAUAUAUGGUAUGAAACGUGCUGAAAGGAGGAGGAGGAAGGUGAAGGCAGCUUCCCUCAAUGAUUCUGCACAUCACCACCACCAUCACCACCAUCCUCGAUCCCGUGAAGUAGAACUUGCAACACUUCGUCAGUUGCCAACAAAUAACAACUUUGUCACAGAAAAUAAUGUGCUCUAUAACCUUCACACAUUUCCUGGAGAUGACGUUGAUCUUCCCCAUGUGUCUCGACACUGUAUCACGCUCACUAAGUUUCUUGGUUGUGGAGCAUUUGGUGAAGUGUUUGAAGGUACAGCCUGUGGGCUGCCGUGCUUACCUGAGGUCACAAAGGUGGCAAUUAAGACCCUUCGUAAAGGAGCAACAGAGGGAGAAAAGGCAGAGUUCCUAAAGGAAGCUCAAUUGAUGAGUCAUUUCCAGCAUGAACAUAUCUUGCGUCUUUUGGCCGUGUGUACAGAUCAUGAUCCUUUCUUCCUUAUCCUUGAGCUUAUGGAAGGUGGCGAUCUUCUCUCCUAUCUUCGUACAAGUCGAGGGGCCGAGUGCAGCUUGACACUAUCAGACUUGGUGGCCAUGUGUCUUGAUGUGGCAAAAGGUUGUGUAUAUUUGGAGGAAAUGCACUAUGUUCACCGUGAUUUGGCUGCACGAAAUUGUCUUGUCUCGACCACUGAUCCUGAAUUACGUAUUGUAAAGAUUGGUGAUUUUGGACUUGCCCGAGACAUAUACAAAAAUGAUUACUAUAGGAAGGAGGGAGAGGGACUGUUACCAGUGAGGUGGCUAUCACCAGAAUCCUUGGUUGAUGGAGUGUUUACAAGCCAUUCUGAUGUUUGGGCAUUUGGAGUCUUACUAUGGGAGAUCCUGACACUUGGUCAGCAGCCGUACCCUGCACGAACCAACCUCGAGGUGCUGCACUAUGUCAGGAGUGGUGGCCGCCUUAAUCGCCCACCCAAUUGCCCAGAGGAACUCCAUAAACUGAUGGAGCGAUGUUGGAGUUACAGUCCAGAGAAUCGACCAACGUUUAAAGAAUGUUUAAGAGCCCUUUUGAUGUUAGAAGAAACCAUAUCAGCUUUGCCUGCCCUUGCUGUUCACAAUGUUCACUACAUUGGUUCAAAUGGUGAUUGUGGCCUUGAUAACCUGGCUUAUGCUGAAGAUCGUGAUGAGAACCACAACACUAACUCAGGAAACUCAUUAGUUAGUGGGAAUGAUUGCUCACCUAGUAAUUCAUGGUCAGACCAAACAAGCAGUAGUGCUGUAAACCUUGGAGGGAAAAGUGCAAGUCAAGAAGAUGCAGGGAAUGGUGCAGAAAUUGAAGAGUGUGAUUCAUUCUCAGGAGCAAGCACACUACCCCUAACAGCUCCUUUAAGGAGGCAUCAGCAGUACCUACAACUGGUCAAUGAACCAUCACCAUCAUCACCACCCGUUUCUCCAAGAUCACCUCCAGUCAAUCUUCCAUUAGGGAGUGCAGCAGCAUCUGGCUUGCCAAGGUUUCCUCCACCAACCUCAUCAGAUGUUCCUCAGUCUCCAUCAAACUUUAUCACAACAGCUCAGGUGUCCAUCCCAUCCACUCCACUAAGUCCAAGUCUUUCCUCUCCCACCCCGGAUUCACCCACAAGUGUCACUUUUACUUUCCCUCUGCCUACAAUGUCUAAUGUAAUGUCUCCGCAACACUACCUCAAACCAUCAAACAAUAAGGUCUAUACUGGACCUUCUUUACAAGUUAGUUCCUAUGAAAAUGAGGGACAAGACAAUGAAACAGAUUCCAAUUGCAAUCCACUCGUGGAUAACUCUUACGUAAACAUGUCGGCUGGAGUUGACUUAAAACAAGCGUGUGAUUUAUCAGGUUCCAAUGAUUUUGGAAAAAUUAAUGGGGUUAAUUUAAGACAUAAGAGAGAUUGUGAUAUAAUAACUGAAUUAGACAAUCACCGACUGAGUGGUGUAUCGGCUCUUUCUGCUGUAAGUGGGAUGACAUCUGCAUCAACAGUCGAUCUUGACCAUAAUUCCAGCCAAUCUUGGUGCUAGAUAAGCCAAAGUUUGAGUGUGAAAAUUAUUUACAAUGAAUGUCAAUGGUCUGUGGGAAUUGGUAUAUACAGUAUAUAUAUAUAUUAAGAGUGGGCUUCAUUCUAAAUGUUAAGUUCAAUGUGCAUUUCUUCAAAAAUUUUAUUAUUACUAAGGCUUUCUGUCUGAAAAAAGUUGGUCUAGGAUUCCACAGGAUUUUUUAUUUUUAAAUUCAAAGGUCUCAUUUAAAAAUAUAUAUAUAUAUAUAUAUACUGUAUCACUGACAGAUCUUUGCUAUUAUAUGUACAUAUCAUCUAUUAUAAUUCUUUAACCUCAUAUGAAAAGUGUAAAUAUUUUUGUUUGUACAGCUAAUAUUAGUAAAGUUGUUGCCAUUUCAAAAUUAAGGAUUUAUUUUACUCUAGUGCUAAGACUGUUAUUUGUGUGAAUAGAUUUAUACUCUAAUCUGAAUGUGGUGUACUUUUCCAGUAUGAUAGGUACACACACCACCUAACAUUCAUCAGUGAACUUAGAAAAAUAUAAUUGGAGCCAAUAAUUAUCAUUUGUUAUUGAUUUGUGGUAAAUGGGUCACCUAUUGAAGUACUGUAUAUACAUACAGUAUUGUAAAUCUUGUGCAUUCAAAUUAUCCCAAAAGUUAUGUUUUAUGAGAUUAUUUGAUUUGAUGAGAUUUAAGGGUUUUGGGCUCAAGGCUUGCUACUGGUACCUUUUGAGCUCAAGGCUCGCUACUGGUACCUUUGGGCUCAAGGCUUGUCACUGGACCUUUGGGCUCAAGGCUUGUCACUGGACCUUUGGGCUCAAGGCUUGGCACUGGCACAUUUGAACUCAAAGCUUGGCACUGGUGCCUUUGCAUUAUUGAGUACCACAUUACUUCAUUUGAAUAGUUUAUUUAUUAUAAGUACACAAUACUAUAUAGUUCAUGAAGUAAAUCGGUAAUACUUCAGCAAUCAGUUGCUGAAGUUUAAUGGGUGAAUGAAUAUUAUUAAUCAAUUCUUUACAUUCAUGUAUGCUGUAGUAUGUAUUACAAAUGUAUAGCAUGUAUGUGUAGGUUUAUGUGCAUUGUACUAAACAUAUAUACAUACAGUAUACAGUUCAACCUUCAAAAUCCAAAAAACCUCCAAACAAGGCACAAUGUUUCUGUUUCUGUUACGAAUUUAAUAUAGAUUCUGGAGGGCGUUCACCACGAAAUUAAAAAACAUUUCCUUAUAGUAGUUACUGUACUACCUGAUGAUAUCUUUCACUAUCUUUUCGGUUACUGUUUAUUUUUUUUUUAGUAAAUACAGAACUCAUAAAAAUAUAUCGAGUUUUUUAAUAUGUUUUACUUAACCAUUAUUGUAGUAUAACUCUAACAAUUCAGUUUUUUGUGUGUAUAAAUAUGCAUCAAGAUAUAUUCUAUCAUUUGUUAAAAAAAAAAAAUACCUGUAUUCCUUAAAUAUGAUGGUUAAUAAAUACAAAGGGUAAAAUAUUCUGAAUUCUGGAUAUUUCCCAAAUUUGAAUCAAGCUUGGGAAGAUAUAAUCUGAAUUUUGGAGGUUCCAUUGUAUUUCCAUGUACAGUACAGUAUCAUAUAUUUGUAAUACAUAUACAGUGCUGUAGUUAACAAGUGCCUGUAGUCACAAAGUCGUAAAAUCAUCCUGUGAUAUGAUUGACAUGAUUUUCUAUAAAAGUGCAAAAUAUUCUAUGUAUAUAUAUAGUUCCACUUGAUAAAGGCAAUUUGUGUCAGAAUAUGAUUAUACAAAUAUAUUCAUUAGAAAACAUACAUUUAUGCGUGACAACCUUAACGCAACAUAUCUUUGUUUAUAUAUUUAUUUAUUUUUUAAAUGAGUCAUGUUCUCUUGUACAAUAUUGCCUAAGAAAAUAAUGUGUUAAAUAUUUUGUUUGUUUCAGGUGUGUUUUCAAGGAGACACAUGUAUAGCUUGUACAGUAUGGGCUGUAUUUGCAAUACAGUAUUACAAAAUAUUAUUAAAAAGAGGAAUGCAUCAUAGAAUAAUAAUUAAAAUUAAAACACUCAUUUCAAUUAACUGAAAUAUAUGCAGUAGAUUUUGAGUAUUGAAAUUACAGAAAUUAUAUCUGGUCAUAUUAAAACUAAUCUAAACUAUAUUUUAAUAUGAGAAGUUAGUAAUAUAUAAAUGUACCAGUCAGUACAGUACAGUAUAUAAACUCUCAGAAAAUAACCAACGUAGACUUGCUCAAUAAAGGUGCAUGUUAACCUUUAGUGGACAUUUUGUAAGGGAUAGGAGGGGUGGGGGGGACCUCUACAUUGUACUGUCCGGGUUUGAUAAAAAAGGCUUUUAUUGCCUUAAUUUUAAUCCAAAUCUGAUCAUAUUACAGUACAAUAUAUCCAAAAAUUUGCUGCACCUGCAUCAACCAAUUAAGCCUAUCAUACACAUGUAUUAGUUAUGCUGUAAUGACAGAAGUUCCCAUCAUUUGUCUCCUUGUAUGCUAAUAGGUUAGUAUUGAAUUACUAACUGUUGUAAUUUUAAAUUUUGCCUAGUUAUGUAAACAAGUUAAAAAAAAAUUUAUUUGCAAUUCUAUGAGACAAAGUACAUAUUUCUUUUAACUGUACAUUUUAAAAAUUCAGCCGUGAAAAAGUGAACUAGUACAGUGUCGGCAUUCAGUCUGCACGAGGUUAAUAAAUGUAGCUUUUAUUACAGAAUUUCUUUUUGUAGAUCAGUUAAUGAAGAGGUUGAAUAAUGGUGCCAUUGAUAGUCACAAUUAUGCUCUUGUAAUGUGAGAUCUUAAUCUGGUUCCAUUUUGUUAAUAUAGCAUUAGUUACUUGUUUCGAGAAUAGAUACAAUUCUGACUUUUUUUUUUUAUACUGUAUUUUCUGUUGUGUCGAACAAUUGGAAGCCUUGACAGUGCUUUCUACAUGAAGAAAUUAAGUUAAUGCUUCCAUUGUGGAUAAUAUCCGAUGCUUAAUAAUGCACAUAAUGUAUAUAUAAAAAAAUAUUUCAUUUACUGUAAAUAAAAUCUUUCAAAUUA